GAGGAGCUGACUGACAGGCUGGAUUUCAGAGUUGGCACUGGUGGAUUAUGAAGCUGGACUUGUAGGGAGCACAACCAUGGCUGUUUGUAACAGUACCCUUAGGUCUGUCUGGCCUACUUUAGUCAUAUUGUGGCUGUUGAAAUGGGAUACUGGUUGUGACGCACAGCUUCAAGGAGAGGAGGUGGAGAUUUUUCAUUCUGACAAACAGACCAAACUGGGAUGGAUCUCUGAGCCCGUCAAACAAUGGGAUGAAAUUAAGCUGAGAGUUGAUACAGAGACUCCUGUACCUGUGCUCCAAGCUUGUGGAAAAAGAAUAACACGAACUAUUUUAAGCACGUGGAUGGAACGUAAAGACGCUCAUUAUCUGUUGAUGGAUAUUUCAAUUGCCCAAGAAGAGGAGGAGUCUGGUCAGCUCAACUCACUGCAAAUUCAUUGUUUUGACUCAGACACUGAGAUCAGAAGAUUUCAGAAUAGCCAAGCAGUUCUGAGCCUCCAGACCUCCAAACUGUUUUCUGGUGAAGUUCAUCCAAGCCAAAUAUCCAACCACCUAAGCCGCAGCCUGGCCCUGAGUUUGGGCUCAGUCAGCCGCAGAGGUUUCCAGCUCGCCUUCUCCUACUCAGGAUCAUGUGUGUUCCUGACCGCCAUCAGACUGUAUUACAGGAGGUGCCCUGAUGUUGUUUCUAACCUUGUCUCAUUUGGGGGAAUGGGGGCCGGCUCUGGGCCUCUGUCUGGUUCUUGUGUGGAGGGAGCUGUUGAGGUUUCUCCUCCUAUACGGGAGUGUAAUCUGGAUGGAGCGUGGGGGCCACUGCAGGGGGGGUGCACUUGUGAACCUGGGCAUCAAGUCAUGAAGGACACCUGUGAAGCCUGUAGGAUUGGUUACUACAAAGCAGCCAAUGAGAGUGGAGGAUGUCAGCUGUGUCCAGCAAAUACCAGAACCCAGAGGGAGGGAUCAGAGAGAUGUGACUGCCUACAAGGUUUCAGCCGUCUGCCAAAUGACCCACAUGACCUCGGCUGCACCAAGCAACCUUCUGCCCCUGUGAAUCUAACAGCUCAUCAUCAUAAUGACUCUGUGGUGACAGUCACGUGGGACCCUCCUCAUGACAGGGGAGGCAGACAGGAAGUGACAUAUCGUGUUAAGUGUGAGAAAGAAGCUGAGGCUGGCCGGCAGUGGGAGGAGUGUGGAGAUGAUGUGGUUUUCCUGCUAAAUUCAGCAGAGCUGACUAACACAUCAGUCAGCAUCAUGGGACUGAACCCACAGCGAGACUACAGAUUAUCAGUGCAAGCCUGGAACGACAUAUCCACCCUCCAGGGAGCUCCACAUUUAUCCACUGCUGCUAUUACCAUUCACAGAUGGAAAUUUCCUCCUGUGGUGACCACGGUUACCCCAGACUCAAACCACUCAGUUCUUAACAUAACACCAGCUCCUCAGCACAAGAGUCGCUUCUCCAUAUGGCUCACAGUUGGUGUUUUAUUUGGCGUCCUGCUGCUCAUGGCUGUAAUCCCUAUUGCGAUGUGUGUCCUGCGCAAAAGCUACACUAAACUCAGAUCAGACCAGGAAGUUGAACUUUUACCAAUGAAUGCUGAAGUUUCUUACCGACGCCCACAGGUGGUGGAGUCUACACCCCAGCCUAAUAUGGUGGAGGGUGUGGUCCAGUUGUUGGAGGGUCUCAGUGGCAGGCUGCUGGCCAGUCUCAAGGAGGUCUUGGUAGAGAGAGAGCAGCUGACUCUGGGCAAGGAACUGGGCAAAGGAGAGUUUGGCUUAGUGUAUGAAGGGAUCUUUACACCAGAGGAAGGUGUGGACAUCAAAGUGGCUGUGAAGACCAUGAAAGGAAUCCACAGUCAGGAGGACUUGCAUGAGUUUCUGAGAGAGGCAGAGAUCAUGAAGAACUUUGAUCAUGAAAAUGUCGUCAAACUACUGGGGGUGACUUUACAGAGAGAGCAGGACUCUCCUCUGCCUGUUCCUCUCGUUGUCCUGCCCUACAUGAAGCAUGGAGACCUGCGCCGUUUCCUUAUUGCCACUCGCUAUGGUGAUAUCUCUAUGUUUGUGCCCCAUCAGAGUCUCCUGCGCUUCAUGAUCGACAUUGCAGCAGGGAUGGACUAUUUGAGUUCGCAGGGGUUUCUGCAUAGAGACUUGGCUGCACGCAACUGCAUGCUAGGUGAUGACCUUAGGGUAUGUGUGGCUGAUUUCGGCUUGUCCAAGAAAAUCUACAGCAGUAAUUAUUACCGUCAGACAGUAGCUUUGCGUCUGCCAAUCAAGUGGAUGGCCAUGGAGAGCCUAUCUGAGUCUAUCUACACUACCAAAAGUGAUGUGUGGUCAUUUGGAGUAACCAUGUGGGAGAUUGUGUCCAGAGGCAGGACACCCUAUCCUGGAGUCCACAACCACGAACUGCUGGACCUGCUACUGUCUGGACACAGGCUGAAACCACCAGAGGAGUGCGAUCACAAACUUUAUGAAGUUAUGAGAAGCUGCUGGGAUAGGGAGCCUACCCGGAGGCCUGGCUUUAGGGAACUGGCUGAAACACUGAAAGGCCUUCUGGCAGAACUUCCGGUCCUGGAGGCCAGCCAGGAGGCUACCUAUAUCAACCAGGGCCUGGAGAUUGCUGCUGCUGUUGCUGCUGCAGCUGGUGGUGCCUCUCAGGAUUCCCAGAGCGACUCUGGGGGAAGAUGUGAAAACGUUUACCUGCCGAGUCCUGUGGGUGCUACUGCUGCAGCCAGAGAUGAGGAUGUGGAAGUAGAGGAUGGCUAUCUUAAGUACAUUACUGGCUCAGAAGUUAAGGAGAAUGAUGAUCACUGAAAACAAACAAUGUUUUUGUAUAUAACGCAAUGCUAUUCUUCUCAUGAACUGUGUGUGUGAAGAAGGAAGAGAGACGUUGUACGCAUUUAUAUUCCACUCAGAGGCCUUUAAGGGCUAGGGGAGGGAGGAGGAAGUCAGGGGUGGCACUGACUCUCAACAGCUACCAUUAAGUUCCCAGAAAACAAAAGAUUUUACUUAUUUAAAAAAACAAAAAAAAUGCAAUAAAAAUGUUUGUAUAUCUUUGUUGUAUACGCGGUUCACAUUAAAACCACCUGCCUAAUGUUGUGUAGGUUCUCCUAUGCAACCAGAUCAGAUUACACCCGUUAAAGCAUGACCAUGGGACCUCCAUGGAUGCCCUGUAGUGUAUGAAGGGUUGGUAGCAGAUACUUCAGGUCCUGUGGAUUGCAGGGUGGGGCGCCUGUGGAUCAGACAUGUUUCAGCACAUCCAGCAGAUGCUUCAUUGACUCGGAAUCUGGAGUCAGCUGGGUCAUUGCAUUAAAAUUACAGGGUUUGGUCUCUACUAGACAUGGACAUUCAGCACAAAACACCAAAAAAAAGAGCAAAUAAAAAUAAAUCUGUUUAAAAGUUACGAAUAAAAAGUCACUUUAGAGCCUGCUGGAGAAGCAUCACAUUUUUAAGUUCAUCCAGUGAUUCAUUAGUUCAAUGACAGUUUCCUGUACCUCCAUGGGUACAUUAUAAAAAAGAUCUGCACAUAGCUAAUACUGCAUACUUUGAAUGUACCAUUUCAACAAAAUAUUGAAUUUCAAUUCA